UGCGCGGGCGCGCGCUGAGUUAUCUCGUCGGCCUCAUAGGCUAGCUGCGUUCCAUCUUUACCUCUCGCCACCCAGCAGCGCAGCGGCUUCUGACUCCAACGAGGACUACAAGCUGAUCUUUUUUUUGGAAAGGCAGCAGCACUUCCCCACUGGCGCUUGCUUCAUCCUCACUGAGCCUAUACUCACGAUAUCGUACCGAAAGAGAAGCAGCACGAGGAGCGCCGCACGAGAUGUCGUCGUCGCUGCUGCAAAACGUCCUCGCAUCGAGGUUGGCCCAAGCCACAUUGACUGGGGAAUCGUCGCAGGAGGCUGACGUCAAAGAAGAGAAUCAUGAGAGCCAACAAGCUCGGGAUUCUGCGGGAGGAGAAGUGGGGGACGAGACAUUGAGGCCGAGAGAGGAGAGGGUGGACUCCGCAAGAGGAGGAAGUGGCGGCACAGGCCUAGGGUCUGACGAUUGGGAGAUGGUCACAGGCGGAGAGGGGCGAAGCAGCAACCACGAAGAUGCUGGGGCUUUGAGCGAUGAGGAGCUUGUCGGCGUGAUCUCACUGCCCGGGACGAUUCCAAGCACACCCCAAAUCAGCCGGCCUCCCUCCCCAGGCACGGCUGCCCGAAUGAAUGUUGUCGGAGGCGCACUCGCAGCCACCGUCUCGGGAGGCAUCGCGAGUCCGUCAAAGAAAACUGCUCCAUUGCCCACGUCGGCCCUGGCCAAACACUCGAUCUCGGCGUCACCGGCUCCUCGGAAGAGCAAGACCGAUCCAUUACAUGCUUUUCCUCGCGAGGUCUCUCAACGGAUCUUUGUCGCCCUUCCCAUUCCCGCUCUCAUCGCAUGCUCCGGCGUCUCCAAGAGGUGGAGGCGUUCAGCAACGCUCAAUUACUGCUGGUAUCUCCAGUGCCGGCGCGGCCGAUCGGUGCAGGAAGACGGAAGAGGAGCUGCAGUGGUCGAGCCACCCUCGGGCGGAUUCAAGUGGACGCGGAGAGAGUCGAAAACGGACUGGAAGAUGCACUAUAUGCUCGAGCGUCGCUUGGUGGCUCGCGACGAGGAGCGGGCCACGAGAAAUCCUCUAUUGACGGGUGGCUCGUCGGGUUAUUCGACACCAAGCCGAUCGCAGAGGCUGCGUGACGAAGGCAUCAAGACUCCAAAUGCCGUUCGGCAGGAGCAGUGGGCCGCACAGGACGAGGCGUCCUCGGUCGGGUAUUCCAAGAAUGAGAUGCGAGAGUACUACAAGUCUCAGGGAACACGAGGCGGCAAGAUGAGGGGGAAAACAGGAAAGGGAGGGCACAAGACUGGCUCAGUCGGUGAUGGCAGUCUGUGGGAGUAAGGUGCAGACACUGUCCAGCCAUGCUCAAUACCCCUGAAAUGUAGUUGUAGCCCUGUCUCAACAUUAAUUGUCGGAUCAAGUGUCGACUGAUGAGGACAGGAACUGAUGAUGCCGUAUAUACAGGUGCAA